GUCGGCUCUUCCCAGCUCUCUCCUUGCCAUCCGUCUCCUCAGCUCAGUGAAGCUGGGCUCUGAGUCCCUCUCCCGCGGCUGUGCAUCAGACACAGACCCCAGGCGGGGGGCGCCCCUCUUGUGUUUCUCCUGCCCGGGACAGCCCUUAGCUGCCUGCUGCCGAUGUCUCAGAACAGCUGUUUUCCCUCUCCUCCCAGUACUCUGAUGUUCACAGAGGAAGGCCCAUGGUAACCACCAUUCUACUCUGCUUCUGCAAGUGAUCUGAAUCCUUUUUGCUCCAGAAAAAGAAGGAAAAAAGGGGCAAAUGGCAAAGCACUGUAUGUAUGCUUUUUGAAGGAAAAAAAUGAGGAAAUACGGAAUAAAAGAACACCUCCAGUCACCCCACACGUCAACACGGACAAGCGCCGCCCGGGAAGAUGGAAGGAGCGGGAACCCGCGAGGCGGGCACUGUUCUGGCCUGAGCGGAGGCUUCAAAAUGAGCGUCCCUGACUACAUGCAGUGUGCUGAGGACCACCAGACUCUCCUCGUGGCGGUGCAGCCUGUGGGCAUCGUCUCGGAAGAGAACUUCUUCCGGGUCUACAAGAGGGUUUCCUCGGUGAGCCAGGUCAGCGUGCGGGAUUCCCAGCGAGUGCUCUACAUCCGCUACCGGCACCACUACCCGCCUGAGAACAACGAGUGGGGCGACUUCCAGACCCACCGCAAGGUGGUGGGCCUCAUCACCGUCACGGACUGCUUUUCGGCCAAGGACUGGCCGCAGACGUUUGAGAAGUUCCGCAUGCAGAAGGAGAUCUAUGGCUCCACGCUGUACGACUCCCGGCUCUUUGUCUUCGGGCUGCGGGGGGAGAUCGCCGAGCAGCCGCGCACCGACGUGGCCUUCUACCCCAGCUACGAGGACUCUGAGACGGUGGAGAAGAGGGUCGAGGACUUCAUUGAGUCGCUGUUCAUUGUGCUCGAGUCCAAGCGUCUGGAUAGGGCCACAGACAAGUCUGGGGAUAAGAUCCCCCUUCUCUGUGUCCCCUUUGAGAAAAAGGACUUUGUAGGCCUGGACACAGAUAGUAGGCAUUACAAGAAGCGGUGCCAGGGGCGCAUGCGGAAACACGUGGGGGAUCUAUGCCUGCAGGCCGGGGCGCUGCAGGACUCCCUGGUCCAUUACCACAUGUCCGUGGAGCUUCUCCGCUCAGUGAAUGACUUUCUGUGGCUUGGAGCUGCCCUUGAAGGCUUAUGCUCAGCUUCUGUCGUCUGUCACUAUCCUGGUGGAACUGGGGGUAAGACAGGAGCUCGAAGGUUCCAGGGCAGCUCACUUCCUGCCGAAGCAUCCAACAGACAUCGGCCAGGGGCACAAGAAGUUCUCAUUGACCCAGAUCCUUUCUUCUCUCCCUCUCGGCUUGCAGGCGCUCUCACCACCAACGGCAUAAAUCCCGACACCAGUGCCGAAAUCGGACGUGCUAAGAACUGUCUUAGUCCCGAGGACAUAAUUGAGAAAUACAAGGAGGCCAUUUCCUGUUACAGCAAGUAUAAGAACGCUGGAGUGAUUGAGUUAGAAGCCUGUGUCAAAGCCGUGCGGGUGCUCGCCAUUCAGAAGCGGAGCAUGGAAGCGUCGGAGUUCCUGCAGAACGCAGUUUACAUUAACCUUCGGCAGCUUUCUGAAGAAGAAAAAAUUCAGCGAUACAGCAUCCUGUCUGAGCUCUAUGAGUUGAUCGGCUUCCAUCGCAAGUCAGCGUUCUUCAAGCGUGUGGCCGCCAUGCAGUGUGUGGCCCCCAGCAUCUCAGAGCCGGGGUGGAGGGCCUGCUACAAGCUGCUCCUGGAGACGCUUCCGGGCUACAGUCUGUCUCUGGAUCCAAAGGACUUCAGCAAAGGUGCGCACCGGGGCUGGGCCGCCGUCCAGGUGCGCCUGCUGCACGAGCUGGUCUACGCGUCCCGAAGGAUGGGCAACCCCGCCCUUUCUGUCAGGCACCUGUCCUUCCUGCUGCAGACCAUGCUGGACUUCCUGUCGGAUCAAGAAAAGAAAGAUGUGACUCAAAGCCUAGAGAACUACACUUCCAAGUGUCCUGGGACAGCGGAGCCCAUCACUCUCCCAGACGGCCUCGUCUUGCCUCCGGUGCCCUUCACCAGACUGCCCAUUGUCAGGCGUGUUAGACUUUUGAACCUUCCUGCCAGCCUCCGGCCGCGGAAAAUGAAAAGCUUGCUGGGUCAGAACGUGUCGACCAAGAGCCCCUUCAUCUACUCACCAAUUAUUGCACACAGCCGUGGCGAAGAACGGAGCAAGAAAAUAGAUUUCCAGUGGGUUCAAGGAGAUGUAUGUGAAGUCCAGCUGAUGGUAUAUAACCCAAUGCCAUUUGAGCUCCGAGUGGAAAACAUGGGGCUCCUCACCAGUGGAGUGGAGUUCGAGUCUCUCCCCGCGGCACUUUCCCUCCCAGCGGAAUCUGGGCUUUACCCGGUGACGCUCGUUGGGGUCCCACGGACGACUGGGACCAUCGCUGUGAACGGCUAUCACACCACGGUCUUCGGCGUCUUCAGCGACUGCCUGCUGGACGACCUCCCGGGGAUAAAGGCCGGCGGCUCCACGGUCGAGGUCAUCCCUGCUCUGCCCAGACUCCAGAUCAGCACUUCUCUGCCCAGAUCUGCACAUUCAUUGCAACCUUCCUCUGGUGCUGAAAUAUCUACUAAUGUGUCAGUCCAGCUUUACAAUGGAGAAACUCAGCAACUUGUCAUUAAAUUGGAAAAUAUUGGAAUGGAACCACUGGAGAAACUGGAAGUCACCUCAAAAAUUCUCACCACCAAAGAAAAAUUGUACGGCGACUUCUUGAGCUGGAAGCUGGAAGAGACCCUUGCCCAGUUUCCUCUGCAGCCUGGACAGGUCGCCACCUUCACCGUCAGCAUCAGGGUGAAGCUGGAUUUCUCGUGCCAGGAGAGCCUCCUCCAGGAUCUCAGUGACGAUGGAAUCAGUGUGAGCGGCUUCCCACUGUGCAGCCCCUUCCGCCAGGUUGCGAGGCCUCGAGUGGAGAGCAGACCCGUGAACCCCACCGAGGGCAGCAAGCCUGGGGACCCGGGCCACACAAAGACCCUGGAAGCUAUCCUGCAUUUCAAAUACUCCGGCGGUCCGGGCCACAGUGAAGGAUAUUACAGGAACCUCUCCCUGGGGCUGCAUGUAGACGUCGAGCCAUCCGUGUUUUUCACCCGAGUCAGCACUCUGCCGGCAACCAGCUCCCGGCAGUGCCACCUGCUCCUGGAUGUCUGCAACUCUGCGGAGCAUGAGCUGACCGUCAGUGCCCGGAGCGAAGAUGAGCUCAUCCUGCGCGCCGGCGAGUGCCAGCGAAUGGCUAUUCAAGUGGACAAGUUCAACUUUGAGAGUUUCCCAGCAUCCCCUGGGGAGAAGGGACAAUGUGCAAAUUUGAAGCAGCUGGAAGAAGAGAGGCAGGAAGCCCGAGGCCUGGAGAUCAACAGCAAGCUGGACAUCCGCUGGAGAAUCCCCUCCCUGAAGCGCACAGGCGAGGCGAGCGUGGAAGGUCUGCUGAGCCAGCUGGUCCUGGAGCACCUGCAGCUGGCUCCUCUGCAGUGGGAUGUGCUGGUGGACGGACAGCUGUGUGACUGUGAAGCGGCAGCCUGCCACGUGGGUGACCCCAUAAGCCUGGAGGUGCGGCUGACCAACCGGAGCCCACGCAGCGUGGGGCCCUUUGCCCUCACCGUGGUCCCCUUCCAGGACCACCAGAACGGCGUGCACAACUAUGACCUGCACGACGCCAUCUCCUUCGUGGGCUCCAGCACCUUCUGCCUUGACGCGGUGCAGCCGUCGGGCCAGUCGGCCUGCCUGGGAGCCCUCCUCUUCCUCUACACUGGCGACUUCUUCCUGCACAUCCGCUGCCACGAGGAUGGCUCGGGCAAGGAGCUGCCGCAGUCCUGGUUCUGCCUGCCCAGUGUGCACGUGCGCGCCCUGCAGGCGCAGGCCUGAGCCCCUCCCGGCCCCCAGGUUCCUGUUCCUUCGGGCGGGGGUGCCCAGGGAGCCGCAGAGCCCAGCCUGGCCCCUGCCCCCAUCACGGCUAGGCAUUCCCUGAGGCGCCCGACCCCUGCCCUCCCCCCCGGGCCCCCGCCCCGUCCUACCCUUUCUCCUGCAGCAUGGAUCCUGAGCUGGCUGCACAGCUCGCAGACACGGCAGCCUCACGCCUCCCCGCAGUGCCCCCCAGGGUCCCUCCGCUGGAGCCUGGCACUAUGGAUUUGUGUGCUGACUAGACCCCAGAGGCCAGCCCCCACCCAGCCCCGAUACGGGCACCUUGCCACUGGGGGGUCCCAGCCCAGCCAGGAAGAGGCCAAGGCAGGUGUGAGGGCAGAGCUCAGCCUGGUGGGCCUGGGAAGCCUCCGCAGCCCCCUCUGCCCUUGGAAUCCCCAGAGGCGGCCUGGGCAGGAGAGAUGGUGCUGAGGGGUGUGGACACCAGGGGUUCCAGCUGCACCCCUAUAGCAGGCAAGCGUCGGGGCCUGUGCCAGCUCUUCCGGGCCCUGGGCCGCUUCCAGGCUGGCCUCUGGGCCGCCAUGGCCCGUGUGCCUCUGUGUGUCCGUGACAUAUUCUCCAGUAAAGGGCCUGCCUUCUGCUCUGCUGCUCCCUGUGUCCAUGCACCUGCUUGUCCCAGGUGCUCAGGGAGCCGCCCUGCCUGCUCAGCCCCCAACUCAGGUGGGGGUUCUAGCACAUGGGGUGCUCAACAGAACCCCCUUGACAAACAGCUGGCCAGUGUCUGUCCCUGUGACCCCCAGCCCCUCCCUGCAUGCAUUUUUCGGGCCUGGCCUCCCAACCCUCUUGGACACUGACCCGACCCCCAGGCUAAGGUCCCCAGCCGCCACCAUGGCUCUGGCCAUUUCCAUCUCUUGCUUUCUCACAUAAGGUCCAUGCAGCAUCUGCCUCUUGUAUCCCACACACAUGCCUGGGAAGACGUUGGGGUAACAGCGGCAUCAAGAAGCAUGGGCACACGUUGUGUCUGGGGGGUCCCUGGCGAGAUGCAGAUGGCCCCUGAUGAGGCCACGGUGGCCCUCAGACUCACCCUGGGAGCUGGCACUCCAGCCUCCCUCCCCUUCCGUCCGUUCCCCUCUGGGUCCCCCUCCCUGCUCGUCCCUGGAGCACCCGCGGCCCACCUGCUGUCCCCCCCAGCCCGGUCAGAGCCCAACCCCUCCCCCCAGCAAACUCACUCUCGCUCCCUAAGCAGAAUUCUGGGGCCAGAGAAAGAUCAAAGGCCCUAAGGUACAGAGAAGGGGUAGGGUGAAGCCAGGGGCGUCCAAGACUCUUGGGGUCGCCCCAUUCCCGCCAGGCCACGUAGGCAUCGGGUAUAGUGCUGACUCAUGGGGCAGAGGAUGCUCGCGGGGCCUGGGAUGUGCUGCCCCCAUCAUGAGGUGGGACGCUGAGCCUCCGAGUGCCUGGAGCACACGGCAAGAGGCGGGGGCCGAGCGGGCUCAGCGUCCGGCACGCAGCCUCCUGCUGCUCUGGUGCUGUCACCCUGGGGGAGGACCAGGAGCCCCUCCACCCAUACUUUACCGUCUGUUCACAGGCCCUCGGGGUCCCAGUCCUCACAGGCCAGGCUGCCCCCCAGAAGCACCCACGGGGCUGGGAGGGCACUGAGGGUGGGAAUCCAGCCUCGCCCCCCGGGCUGUGUGCCCUGAGCAGGGGCACCUUAUUCAGCCCGCACAAAGCUUCCAUGCCUGUGCUGGCGCGCUCAGUCCGUCGGCCUCCACAGGCAGGCCUGGCUUCUCACGGGGGUCUGCCCUUAGCCACCCUGCCUGCGUGCCCAGAAUUGCAGCUGCCAUCUGCCCAGGACCGGAAAAAGGGCAUGGAGCCCCCUGGCCACGCCUGGUUCUCAGCAGCCCAGGAAGGGUCUUAGCUCGAAUGCCCCAUAGCAAACCCUGGGGCAGGGAUGUGGGGACGGGGAGGGUCGGAGGGAAGAGAAAGCAAGUGAGGGUGCACUGGGGUCCCUGGCACUGACAUCCCCAGGGGACUUUGGGGGACAGUGAGAACAUGCCUCGGAAGCCCCCAGCCCAGGGGCCAGAGAGCUGGCCUGUGCACUCGCCCCCCCGAGGGCUCAUCCCGCUGCCGCCUUCCCUGCGUGAGCGAUCCAGCGGCGCCCUGCCUGGGCUGGUCAGUGACGCCAGCCUUGGGAGUGGCUGAGGCCCUAGGGUUCCAGGGACCUCUGGGGGCAGGGGGCAGGGAGGCGGGGCUUGCCCAAGGCUGUUCCCUGAGACGGGCUGAGUGUGACAUGAUAGGUACUUGGUCUUUGCCCCAGUUCCUCACCCAGAGCUACAUCCCUUGGGAUUUCCUGGGUGACAAGAGCAUCUCUGUUCUAAGGAGCUGACUCUGGGUGGGCUUCUGGAUUGCAGCUGGUCACCAGAGACCCAAGCUGAUUAGGAGUUUGGAGCCUUCAGCCCCACCCCCAUCCUCCAGGGGCUGGGGCAAAGGGUUGAAGCAUGAGUUAAUGAUCAAGCUUACCUACGUGCUGGAGAAGCGUCCAUACAGUUCCCUACACCGUGGAGUUUGCAGAGCUUCCUGCUUGGUGACUGCAUCCCCGUGCCGCAGCGUGGCGCAGCCCGACUCCCUGGGGACGGAGCUGCUGAGCCCAGGGCCCUCCCAGACCCUCCCCGUGUACCUCAUCUGGCCCUUCACCUGCACCCUUUGUGAAGUCCUUUAUAAUAAACUGCCAAACGUAAGUAAAGUGUU